AUGAAGUCCACCCCUACGCUCUUGGCCAUCAUUGGCCUUGCUGUCGGUGAUGUCGCCGCCCAGAUCACUGCCGCGCCAGUGUGCCCCGGCGGACCUUGCUCUUCGGCUGUUGCUGCCGUUCCCGAGUGUGCCUCGAGCUGCAUCUCGUCUGCUGCCAAGUCUGCCGCCAAGUGCGUUGACGGCGACUUCCAAUGCCAGUGUGUCUCAUCGGCCGUCAUCCAAGAAGCUGCCGUCGGUUGCGUCCUGGGCGGCUGCACAGACCCCAUCGGUGUGAUCAACGCCGUCAGCACUGUCUGCGACUGUGUCAGCAAGAACCCGAGCACCUACUGCGGCAGCCCGAGCACAUCAACCACAUCUCCCACGUCCGAGACGAAGCCGCCUACCACCAGCCAGCCAACCACGGCUCCCACUUCAACCUCGCAGCCAACAUCGGAGCCGCCAUCCAGCAGCCCUACCUCGACGGGAGGCAACACCGAUACCAGCAAGCCCGGCUCGAGCCCGCCCCCGACCUCGACUGGCUCAUGCGUAGCCACCAAGUCCGACUGUGCUCCCGUCGCCAAGUCGGCCGUCCCCGAGUGUGCUCAGGCCUGCUUCACUUCCUACGCUCCCUCAGUUGGCUGCGGCGUCAGCGACUUUGCCUGCCAGUGCCAGCCGACUGCCCAAGCUUCCCUCUCCAAGCUUCUCGUCCCCUGCGUUGCCACCGCCUGCCCCGCGGCUCAGCUCCCCAGUGUCAUUGCCGGCGCCAGCUCUGUCUGCGCGUGCGCCACGGCCGCCCCUGGCGGCGGUGACUGCUCCGGUGGCAGCAGCGGAUCUACCUCUCAGCCUCCUCCCACUAGCUCCCCGACCUCAAAGGGCGGUGACAACAAGCCAAGCUCGACCUGCAAGGCCGCGACCAAGGCCGACUGCGGACCCGUGGCGUCUUCUGCCGUGCCCUCGUGCGCCCAGGCGUGCUUCUCCCAGUAUGCCCCCUCCGUUGGCUGCGCCGUCACCGACUACGGCUGCCAGUGCCAGCCCACUGCCCAGGCUUCCCUUUCCAAGCUUCUCGUCCCCUGCGUCGCUACUGCUUGUGAGGCUGCCCAGCUCCCCAGAGUGAUCUCAGGAGCCAGCUCCGUCUGCGCUUGCGCCAGUGCUCCUCCCUCUGGAGGCGACUGCGGCGGCGAGACCAACCCCCCUCCCGCCACGACCCCCUGCCCUACCAACCCGCCCAACAACGGCGGUGGAAACGGGGGCGGCAGCGGCGGCAACGGUGGUAACGGUGGCAAUGGCGGCGGCCAGGCGACCACCUGCGUCGAGGUCACCAUCGCCGCUCCCGGAGGCGGCUCCUCCGGAGGCGGCAACGCUGCCUGCGCGCCCCUCGCCUCCAAGAUCGAGGCCUGCGCCCAGCCGUGCUUCAGCUCCGCCAUCCCCAAGGUCGGCUGCUCCAUCGACGACUACUCGUGCCAGUGCGAGUCCGGCCACCAGGCCUCCCUCUCCCAGAUCCUCGUCCCCUGCGUCGCCACCGCCUGCGAGGCCGCCGUCCUGCCCUCCAUCAUCGCCGAGGCCAGCGCCGUCUGCGCCUGCGCCGCGACCGCGGGCUCCGGAGGCGCCGGCAACGCGGGCGCGAAGCCCAUCACCACCACGACGUGCUACCCCAUCGGCGGCGGCGGCAGCUCUGCCAACCCCACUGGCGGCAGCGGAGGAAAGGGCGGUGGCAACGGCGGCGGCUCGGGCGGCGGCGCGACCAAGUCUGGUCCCGUUACCGUCCCGACUGCUGGUGCCAACGCCAAGUUCGAGAUGGGCGUCGUCGGCACGAUCUUUGGUGCUGCCUGGCUUGCUGCUAUUGCUCUCUAA